CUUUUCCUUUAUAGUUUAUGGGUUUCCGUAGAGAUGUCAGAGACAAGAGCUGCCACAGAGGCAGGCAGCUUAGCUGCAGUCUGCAGAAGCAGAAGCAUCAGAGAGGUGCAGUCACAAUAUGAGCAGAGAGAGAAAGAAAAGAGAAGAGGUGGCAUGCAGCACUAUAAUCAGAACCAUUAGUUUUAUCCAUGUACAGAAGAUUCUGCAGCUCCAUGGUCCCUGAAAUAAAUAUACCUACUCUACUCCAAAAGCCAUCUCUACUAAUAAAUUCACUCCCACAAACACACCUUCUGCUACUCUUAUUUUUCUCUGAACUCUGAACUUGUCUCUCUCUCUCUCUCACUCUUUCUCUCUCUUUUAAGUCUGAAACAAGUUUCUUGGGUUGGAGUUUGGUUUAGUUUACAUCUCUCUCUCUCUCUCUCCAUUGUUUUUUCUUUGAAAUUUCUUAUUCUUCGUCUUCUAGGAUGAUGAGUGGAAAGAGCAGGUUUCCCUUCACUGCAUCUCAAUGGCAAGAGCUUGAACACCAAGCUCUCAUCUUCAAGUAUAUGGUCUCAGGAAUUCCCAUCCCACCUGAUCUUCUCUUCACCCUUAAAAGAAGCUAUUUGGACUCUGCAGUACUACCUUCAAAGCUCUUCCCACACCAUUCUCAACAUGGUAAUGUUGGGUGGAACUGUUUCCAAAUGGGCUUAGGAAGGAAGAUAGACCCUGAGCCAGGGAGGUGCAGGAGAACAGAUGGCAAAAAAUGGAGAUGUUCCAAGGAAGCUUUUCCGGAUUCAAAAUACUGUGAAAGGCACAUGCACAGAGGGAAGAACCGUUCAAGAAAGCCUGUGGAAGUUUUGAAAACAACUGGGACAAACUCGAAUCUCUCAACCCCAUCAACACUUACAACAACACUUGUCUCAUCAACCAAGAAUCGGUCUAAUAACUCCCUUUCUUCACUGUCAUCCCUGACUUCUGAAGGCCAAAACCGCCAUCUUCACCCUUCCUGUUAUCUCAACCCCCAUCUUGAUCAUCAACAGCCUUUCAGUGUUUACAACCACAGUUCAUCUUCUUCAAGGCCUCCUGGAAUAGGUUUGUCAUCUCAAGACAGCAACACAUCAUUGCUUUUCGACUCUGGGUCUUACUCUAAUGCGGACUUAAGAAAAAGCAGGUACGUUUAUGGGCUUAAAGAGGAGGUUGAUGAGCAUUCAUUCUUUUCAGAAGAGCCUUCAAGGACUCAUGUAAGAGACUUAUCUAUGGAUGACACUUGGCAACUCACGCCACUAACAAUGAGUUGUUCUUCUUCUUCUUCAAAACAGAGGAGUUGCUCUGGUUUACAAAGUGAGCAUUCUUAUUUGCAGCUUCAGAACUCUACACAUGGCUAUAAACAACACAGCAAGCAAGAUCAGCAUCAUUGUGAUUUGAUGAGGAAUGAUGUAAAAAUGGAGAGAAAGGAAGCAACCCAGAAAACCAUUCACUUCAUUGAUGAAUGGCCAGUAAAAGAAAAAGAUUCAUGGCUGGAGUUGGAUGACAAAUCAUCAAACAGUGGAUCUGUGUCCACUACCCAGCUUUCAAUUUCGAUUCCCACCUCUUCAUAUGACUUUCCUCUCUUCAAUACUUGUAGAACUCAUAAUGGUGAUUGAGUUUUCAUCUGUACUGGGCUUACGAGAAAAAAGCCAAAGUUGUACUUAACUGGUGGAACUGUUUUUUAGUGUGAGGUUAGGGACUUCGGUCUCUCCUUUUUUUGUUUAGUUGAACGGGGCUUGAAUUGGACAAUGUAUGUUUAAUGAAGAAUCCAAUGUUUCUCUA